AUGGCUCCUAAAGGUAAAUCGUCACGAGGCCGCGGUGGGGGCAAGAACACGAGAGCAGCAGCCGCUGGAGGAGGCCAGAAGGCCAAAGCAGUAGCCGCUGGAGGAGGCGAGGACUCUAGAGCAGUAGCCGCUGAUCCACGCGAGAACAAUAGAGCAGCAGCCACUAGAAGAGGCGAGACCAGUCGCCGCGGAGGCGGCCAGACCAGUAGCCAUGGAGGAGUCCAGACCAGUAGUCGCGGAGGGGACCAAACCAGUAGCCGGGGAGGAGUCCAGACCAGUAGCCGCGGAGGGGGUCAAACCAAUAGCCAUGGAGGAGUCAGAACCUAUGUUGGUCAGAGACCACCACUCACUACGAGUGGGGUCGGAACAUCUUCUCACUCAUCAAACCCAUCAGCGACACAGUCUGCGACCCAAUCCCAUGGGACUCGUCCUCUCAGUAUACAGUCUCCUCCUCCUUAG